CAGUUUGCAAAAUCCAGUCGGUGAAGCUAGACGUGGUGGACUGCGGGAUAGACCACGCGCUGGAUGUCGUCGAAGGCGAUGUAGAACUGAAGCAGUAUCCCUGGGUCGGAGUACUGUUCUACAGCUACUAUAGUGAAGAUGGAGACAGCCGAGCAGUGACCACAGUCAUCUUAAUCCAGAGCGAGUUUGUCAUCGGUGCGGCCGCCGAUAUAGCGCCCAUGCCAAAACACGACUUUAGGCAAAAAACACGCGUAUUGCUAGGCGAGGGGUGGGACCGGCCAGGGCGCCGCGUGCGCAACUAUGUGAUACACCCGGAGUACGAACAGACCUACAACACGGUGGCGCUAGUGCAGCUCAGUACUCCUGUUAGAAAUGUUAACAUCCAGCCAGCCUGCCCGCCUCCGAAUUUGUUGAGAAAUCCUACGUUUUAUGUCAUUAAAAUGAAAGAAGACGUAGAAGUGCUAAAUAAAGAAGUAAUCCGCGUGAUGCACAUUCCUGGGGACAUGUGUAAGGAGUUCUACGUCGCGGCCAAUCUAUACAGUAAGAAGAUGCGUCCCCCGCACGUGGCGUGCGCGGUGUCGGCGGAGUCGAGCGGGGUGUGCGUGUGGGGCGCCGGCGCGGCGCUCGUGGCGCGGGACGUCUGGGGGCGCUGGAUGCUGCUAGGGUUGGGUGUGCGAGGCCCGGGGUGCGGCGCUCCGUCUCGCUACCUGGACAUGAUGAGCUACUACCCUUGGGUCGAGAAGAGUCUUGAUGACUUCAACAGGAUCACCAUAUCUAAGAUAUCCAAGCAGAAAUAUAUUUUACGCGCAAGCCACUCCUACCAAAGAUUCGGCAAUUGCGACGAAGAAGAAAAGAAAAACUUGGCGUUCAGAGAGUCCAUUGUACUGAGGACGGACAACAGUCAAUUUCAGUUUCUAACCUACAAUAUAACGCUGUUGGACACAAUAGAGUACACCUGCAUGACCAUGGAGCUGGUCAAUGCGUCCGCCGUCUCCGAGAUGAGGAUCCAGCACUUCUGUAACCGGGUCAACUUUGGAGAACCAUGCUAUUUCUAUAGAGGUUCCUCAAUGGAGCUCUCUGUGUACAUAAUGUUCUCUGACAAAUGCCUAUUCGAGAUGUUUGCGUGGGGCUACAAUAGGAACAUGACGCUGCUAGACAUUCAGGAGUGGAAGUGGGAGGAGGGCACUUACUAUGACGACUUCACGAUGCAGAGGGUCGAGUACAGAGGUACCGCGGCCAUGACGGACUUUGGUUACGAGCCCAUAGACACUGCUAUCUGGGUUCCAGAGUACGAUAUAUGGACCACCACGUUACUAGAUAACAGUACUACCACCACACCGAUCCCCGAUAAAGUGUCACGGCCAACUCCAACGCGACCUACUACAACAUUUAUGAAAACGAAACCAACGCCGAGGCGAAGGACUAAACCCCCCCCUCCCACCACUCGUCCCCGUCCCCGUCCCCGUCCACGCCCACCCCCUCCCCCAAAACCAAUGUUAAACAUUACGACACCGCGAGUCACGCAGCCCACAGUACCCAGCACAACUACAACGCCAGUAGUCAUUACAACGAGCGUUCCGUCAGUUUCGUCAGUUCCGACUCAAUCCGAACCCAGCAAUAUCACAACUACCAACGCUCCCAACAGUACAUAGGCGUAGCCAGGUUUUAGUAUCGGGAGGGGUUCAAGAAAGUGGUCCCAUGAAAUCUGUGACUAAAAAAAAGCCCUACGUGGCAGUAAAAAAGAAACAAUUUAUGUUAUAAACAGAUUCAUAGGGGUAGUCAUAGACACCUUUGCCAAACAGGGGAUGUAAUAUGCUAACUAGAAAAAUAACGCUCUAAUGUCUAGAUACGCAUUUUUCGGGGGGAAGGGGGGGUGUUUGAACCCCCAAAACCCCCCUGGCUACGCCUAUGCAACAGUGUGUAACGUACCGCGCGCCUCAAACAGCCAUCAGACCACCACAGAUGGGGCCCAGUAAGGCUGAUACCUGACCCAGAAUUGCGGACUACCUGGCGGUGUUGCCGGGGCUCCGGCUCGAAGGGCAGGAGUCGGAACGGGGCGAUUUUUAGUCAGUAAGAGUCUGACACUCCCUCUCGUCUCGCCCAAGGCGGGAGAAGUCAUUGGAUG